GAGGAUCGCUUACAACUAUCUCGUCCGCUCCACACACGUUCCGCCAGCAAAACCAUGAGGUUUAUUGUCGUGCUCAGCUGCCUGGUGGCGGCCACCGUGGCCGCCGGCCUGCCCGAGGCCGGAGACACCCUCGGCUUCGUCUACCGCGUGUGGGACGAUUGCAACAACAAGGCCGACCUCGACCUCGCCUCCUGCCUCAAGGUCAAGUUGGCCACCGCCGUGAGCCGCGCCGCCCGCAUGAACGACCUCACCGUCUUUGACGGCGUCACCUUCGUCCGCACCGCCCCCAACGACGCCACCCCCGAGACCUCCGAGGAGGCCGUUGAGGCCAGUCUGCCCCGCAGCGCCGACGCCCGCGACGACACCCUCAGCGCCCUCAUCCUCGAGCGUGCCGCCCAGUUCUUCCAGACCCACUCCCUCUCCGUCAAGGUCCCCGAGUUCGCCGAACGCAGCCUGUCCGCCGGUGAUGCCCGUGGAAAGAUCAAGAAGAUCGCUCCCCUGCUGCUGUUGCCCCUCCUGAAGGCCGGUCUGCUCAUCCCCCUGGCCAUUGGCGCCCUCUUCCUGCUCGCCGGCAAGGCUUUGAUCAUCAGCAAGCUCGCCCUCCUGCUCUCCGGAAUCAUCGGCCUGAAGAAGCUGCUCAGCGGCGGACACGGACACGUCGAGACCGCCUACGUCAGCUCCGGCGCCGGACACGGAUGGGGACGCUCCGAGGAGGCCCAGAACUUGGCCUACAGCGCGCACGCCAACUAAUUUAUUUCGCGACACUCAAAAAAAUUAAUUCCUAGCCGAUAAGUGAAGAAGAAGAAGAGUCCCAACGACCGAGACGACUUUACCCCCUCCCCUUUAAUUUAUUGAUGUAAUUUAUUUAAGUCGACCAACACACCAGACACACUGAUGAACACACCACACACCGCAAUAGUCCUCUUUUUUAUACAAAACACCUCUACUUAAUUUAUUAUUUUUGUACAGAAUAAAAAAAGCUCAGAGACAAAUGACAAAGAAUGCCUGCGAAACCGUA